AACUUUUCGCAGUGAAAGCUUCUCAAGUAAAACCUUGAACAGGGACAUUGUGAUGAUUUGAUACUCCGGAAAAUUAGCUGUUUGGAUUACGAGACCACUUACUCUGGACUUUCGAUUUUUUGCAAUUUUCUCCAGUUUUUCUGGAAGGACUGACUCAACAUGGAGAAAGGGUAUGCACGGCUGCCUUGCGCUGUGUUAUUCAUCCUUCUGUUCUCCAAUGUACCGUUGGCAAAUACACAAGAUCUCAUUCUCCCGCCGGCUGACUUCAAACCACAACCGGCGAACCCCAUCGCUGUGAAAGGCAACCCCGUCAUAUUAAAAUUCGACCUGAUAAUAAAAAACGACGCCGCGGGCUCCAUCGGAGCAACAGCAUUAGGGGGAGAGAACUACGCUGUUGAUUUCUAUUUCUCGACUGCCAACAACGACGAUCAAUCCGCCGUGGCAACGAAACAGCCCCUUACCGCAAGUGGCACUGCACCAAAGUUGGAUUUCGGCCUGAAUGGGAAUUCUGCCUCUAGCUCACUGACCUUUGAGGCGACAGGCACUCUACCCACGACGGCCUGUAGCAGUUACAUCUGGUUCUGUGGCUGUGUCAAGAAGGGGACCACCGGUACAGCUACUGCAUACACUGAUACGCCCACAAACAACUGUGCUUGCAAAGAUGCAAAGGCGUUGAUAUCUUGUGAUCCAGAUAUAAUCAUAGAAACCUUCAAUCCUAACGCUGGAAACUUCCCAAUAUUCACAAUUUACACACCCGGCGGCGACCUGGCUGACUUUACUCUCAAGGUCAAGAACGAUGCGGCAGUCGGAGACGGCAACCAGAUCGGAGCGCCCAGCAGCCCUGGUGAUAACUACGCCAUUGAUGUCUAUCUUGCCCAAUCUAAUUUAGAAACCACACCAUCUGCUAUCAAGGAUGGUCCUUACCCCGCCACACUCACCGGGGCUGGCGACUUGAAGGAAACAUUGGCUCCUGGAGCUUCAACUGGGCUUCUGACCAUGAGCGCGACUGGCAUCGAGAUUCCUAUCGCAGAGUGUACCAAGUACGUGUGGAUCUGUGCACACGUGAAAAAAGGGACAGGGGCGCAAUAUAAAGACAAAACUACCAACAACAACUACAAAUGUGCUGAUGCCACGGCGAAGACCUUCUGUCCUAUAGAUAUCAUUCUCCCGCCGGCUGACUUCAUACCACAACCGGCGAACCCCAUCGCUGUGAAAGGCAACUCCGUCAUCUUAAGAUUCGACCUGAUAAUAAAAAACGACGACGAAGGACCUAUUGAAGCAACAACACCAGCUGGGGGAGACAACUACGAGGUUGAUUUCUAUUUUUCGACCGCCGACAACGACGAUCAAUCCGCCGUGGCAACGAAACAGCCCCUUACCGCAAGUGGCACUGCACCAACGUUGGAUUUCGGCCUGAAUGGGAAUUCUGCCUCUAGCUCACUGACCUUUGAGGCGACAGGCACUCUACCCACGACGGCCUGUAGCAGUUACACCUGGUUCUGUGGCUGUGUCAAGAAGGGGACCACCGGUACAGCUACUGCAUACACUGAUACGCCCACAAACAACAACUGUGCUUGCAAAGAUGCAAAGGCGUUGAUAUCUUGUGAUCCAGAUAUAAUCGUAGAAACCUUCGACCCCAAUGCCGGAAACUUUCCGACGCUCGUUAAGAACACGCCCGAAACUUUGACGAACUUCGAAGUCGUAAUCAAGAACAACGCUGCAGCCGGAGCUGGUAACCAGAUCGGAGCGCCGACCAGCCCUGAUGAUAACUACGCCAUCGAUAUCUACCUUGCCCAAGCUGAUUUAGAAACAACCCCAGGUGCUACGAAGGAUGGUCCUUACCCCGCCACACUCACCGGGACUGGUGACUUGAAGGAAACGUUGGCUCCUGGAGCUUCAGCUGCGCCCAAUACCCUAACCGCAAAUGGCAUCAAGCUACCUAUUGCUGACUGUAACAAGUAUGUGUCGAUCUGUGCACUUGUGAAGAAGGGGACUGGAGCGCAAUAUCUGGACAGCGUUACUACUAACAACUACAAAUGUGCUGAUGCUAGCACUAAGAUUUCGUGCCCUGUCGAUAUAAUUGUCACGGACUUCGCCCCAAAGGCUACGAAUCCUAUUGCCAUCCACAACAUUGAAACGACCGGCCUCCUGUUCGACUUAAAGAUAAAAAACGAUGCGACCGCUGGCUCUGAUGUAAUAGCACUUCCAUCGCCAAAGAAAAACUAUGAAGUGGAAUUCUAUUUCUCCAAGGACGAUCUCGCAACGAACCCUGCGAGCACUGCCAAGGUUCUGCUCACGAAUACCAACACGCCUACAACACUAUAUGUGGGCCUGUUAGCACAGGACAGUACAGCAUUGAUCACAUACACAGCCAAGGGGACACUCCCAACCACCAACUGUAACAGUUACAUCAAUUUUUGUGCGUGUGUAAAGAAAGGACCUGAUGCCGACUACACUGACGAGGAUACCACUAACAACUGUAUGUGCAAGGAUGCUAAACUUUUGAUAUCGUGCUUUCCAGAUAUAAUCGUAGAAACCUUCGACCCCAAUGCCGGAAACUUUCCGACGCUCGUUAAGAACACGCCCGAAACUUUGACGAACUUCGAAGUCGUAAUCAAGAACAACGCUGCAGCCGGAGCUGGUAACCAGAUCGGAGCGCCGACCAGCCCUGAUGAUAACUACGCCAUCGAUAUCUACCUUGCCCAAGCUGAUUUAGAAACCACCCCAGGUGCUACGAAGGAUGGUCCUUACCCCGCCACACUCACCGGGACUGGUGACUUGAAGGAAACGUUGGCUCCUGGAGCUUCAGCUGCGACCAAUACCCUAACCGCGAAUGGCAUCAAGCUACCUAUUGCUGACUGUAACAAGUAUGUGUCGAUCUGUGCACUUGUGAAGAAGGGGACAGGAGCGCAAUAUCUGGACAGCGUUACUACUAACAACUACAAAUGUGCUGAUGCUAGCACUAAGAUUUCGUGCCCUGUCGAUAUAAUUGUCACGGACUUCGCCCCAAAGGCUACGAAUCCUAUUGCCAUCCACAACAUUGAAACGACCGGCCUCCUGUUCGACCUAAAGAUAAAAAACGAUGCGACCGCUGGCUCUGAUGUAAUAGCACUUCCAUCGCCAAAGAAAAACUAUGGAGUGGAAUUCUAUUUCUCCAAGGACGAUCUCGCAACGAACCCUGCGAGCACUGCCAAGGUUCUGCUCACGAAUACCAACACGCCUACAACACUAUAUGUGGGCCUGUUAGCACAGGACAGUACAGCAUUGAUCACAUACACAGCCAAGGGGACACUCCCAACCACCAACUGUAACAGUUACAUCAAUUUUUGUGCGUGUGUAAAGAAAGGACCUGAUGCCGACUACACUGACGAGGAUACCACUAACAACUGUAUGUGCAAGGAUGCUAAACUUUUGAUAUCGUGCUUUCCAGAUAUAAUUGUAGACCCCUUCGACCCCACCGCUGGAAACUGGCCCACAUUCCACACAGUUACUCCCAAGUCCUUGUCCGACUUCACUCUCAAGGUCAAGAACAUUGGAGUAGCAGGAGACGGCAACCAGAUCGGACCGCCGACCAGCCCUGAUGAUAACUACGCCAUUGAUAUCUUCCUUGUCAAGGACGAUUUAGCCGUCAACCCUACUGCCGCCAAGCAUGGUCCUUACCCCGCCGCAGUCACGAGUGGUGACUUGAAAGACAAUUUGGCGCCCGGAGCUUCAACCAGUCUUCUUACCAUGACUGCGAGUGGCAUUACUUUACCAGCGGGAGAUUGCAACUCGUACGAAUGGGUCUGCGCAUGUGUAAAGAAGGGAACUGGAGGCCAGUACGUCGAUACUGUUACUACUGACAACUGUAAAUGUGAAAAAGGGACGUCGAGCACGUUAGAUUGUCCAAUCGAUGCAAAAUUGACUGCGAUGACUCUGACCAUACCUACCGCGAUGACCCAGGGGAGUACGCCGACUAUCGGAUUCAGUGCUGAUAUAACGAAUGAAGACACUACUAAAGAUAUUGCACCAGUGACUGUACUGACGAACUACAACUUUGACUGCAUCAUGAGAUACGCAGAGACGGACAUCGGGAAGGGGGCUGCAGCGGGACUAGACCCUUUCGUGGCACCAAAUGCUUUCCAGAAAAAAUUCAGUACUGAUUGCAUUCCUGGAAAUGCUGCUUUGCAGUCUGGCCUUAACUCAGGGCAAACACGUACACUGACCGGUCAGUGUACCCUUGGGGCACUCACCCAGGCCGUGUGCAAAGACGCGAAAUACAUCUGCUUGGAUUGUGCAGUUCCGACGGGAGCGAAUGGCGCCACCUUUAUUGAUAAGAAAUUGACCAACAACAUCAAAUGCGAAAGAAUCGAUAGUAACCUGACGUGUGAUAUUGAUUUGGAACUAGACAACAUUGGCAUAACACAGCUGUGCCCAGCCACCAUCACUUCUGGUGUUGCCACCAAUCAAACUAUAAAUACGUUGACAAUAAAAAACAAUAAUGCAAAAGUGUCCGGAAGCAAGGUGAACGAUGUCAAGGCUAAUACAGGCAACUUCAAAUUCGAGUAUCUAUUUUCAAGCAGUGCAGCUCACGCGAACAUAGUGGGCACUGUAAAAUUGGUGACCGCUGUCGCUGAAGAAUGGGGUGAUGAGCUGAAAGCUUCAGAUACUUUUAACAAGCAACAGAUGGUGUCGAUAACAUUGGCAGAUGCCGACUGCACAGCUGCAACUCACAUUUGCCUGAAGGUAUCCAAAGGCGCCACGACGACUUACAAGGAGCUCACCGGCACAGGACCGCCGAAUUAUGAUGACAAUAAUUACAAGUGCUGUCCCUUAGAUAUCAAGAUAUGUAGCGCAAACCCAAAGGCGAACAGUGUUGCUAUCAACCCGGCUGUAUCUUUCAAGGCCGGAGAUCCAACAACAGCAGUCAUCCUGGAUGUGGAGCUCGAGAACGAUGGUGCCGCGGACAUAGCGGUGGCGCCCGGAUUAGGCUUUGGCGUAAACUUCAAUUUCGUGCAGUUCUUCGCUGCGGGAGACUACUGCGCUGACAAGAGCCUUGCAACAACUCCGGCUCCAACACGAUGUGACUCCCUUGUAAGUGGAACCCCGGGGGCAGAUUCAGCGCUCCAGAAAGGAGCAGGCAAUAAGGAAACGUUUCAGGUCCGAUGCGAUAUGAAGCUAACAAAGGCUAAUUGCAAGAACAUGACAAAGAUAUGUGUUGAAUUUACUACCGGGACAGACGCAACCUACACGGACUCCAACCCAGCUGAUAACUGCAAAUGUACGGCAGCAGACAUUACGAAGGUCUGUCUCCCAGAUGUGGAAGCCAUUUCGCUUACGGAGAAAAAUGGCCCAAUCACGUUGAAAGACUAUGUGUCACCAAGCCAAGCUCUCCUAGGAUUCGACCUCGUAAUUAGGAACGCAGAACCUGAUACAAUUCCAGCAGCUGGGGCCACUCCCAACUUCGGUGCCAAGUGCUCCAUGCAGAAUGCAACGGGCGUCAAGAUUGGAACACCUGAUGAAGAAACAGUAACAAUUACGGCUAACGCUAACUCUCAGCUUACUGGCGGUGUUCCGAAUGGUCCCUCCAUCACAUUGACGGGGACAGUGACUCUUGGUGUGUUGCCACCUGCAGAUUGUACGAGUGUAACUAGAGUUUGCUGCACUGUUUUCGCUCCUUCGGCAACACCGAACUAUGAGGAGAGUGACUCGACAAACAACGAAGCAUGUUUAACGACUACUUCUGUGCCUCCUCUGCAUACGAAUUGCAAGCCAGUCUUCAAGGCUGGAACUGGAAUGGAUGUUCCUGCUGGCAAAACUCUCGAAGUUGAAGAGAAUACCCCAGUUAAUGAUGUUGUGUUCACACUGGAAGGAACUGACCCCACUGAUAAUCCCGUAACGCCUCCCAAAGAAAUAUUAACAUACGAAAAAGUUUCCGGUGAUGGGGAUGGUUACUUUUCCUUAGACCAAGCAACUGGGGAAGUGAAGGUUGCGCAGGCUCUCGACUUCGAAAAAAUACCGACGACAUCAUUCACAAUUGUGUAUGCUGUGAAAGACCAGGAUGGAGCGAAUGGAGCAUCAUCGACUGGUACUCUAAAAAUAAACCUGAUCAACAUCAAUGAGAAGCCGACGAUCGCGGCUGCUGAAAAGCCAGAUCCUACAACAAUAACGAGCAAAGGCGUUAGUGGAGAUUCCAGGGGACUGUUACACAUCGGUGUCCCCGAAUCUUACUCUGGCAGCAUUUUCGAAAUAACGUUCACAGACGAAGAUACCGCUGAUACCCCUUCGAUUGCAUCCUUCACGAUGAACCUUACCCUACCAGUAGGAGACACAAAUCCUUUUCUAAUAAAGAACGGCACUCUGGGGAAACAUAUACUGGAAAUAGACUCCAACCUCGUCCGCAAAGACGUUGUCACCACAUACAAAGUUCAAAUCGAGGCCUGCGAUAAUGGCCCGCCAGAGCCACCGGCCAGGGGGACAAAUAACAAAACGUUGUGCAGCAAUACUAUUGAAAUAACAGUGGACAUAAUCCCCGUCGAUGACCCUCCGGCAUGGACACAACCCAUUAUCCCUGUGACGAUCAAGGAGGAUGUCACUGCGGAAAACCUAAAUGUGAUCACCGUGACCGCCGUUGAUAAUGACACCAAUGCUCUCAGCUUUAGGUGCCAGUGCAACCCUGUCGAGAAUAUCUUCUCUUGCCUGCCUGUUACACCACCUGCAAAUGGCAAGGAGCUGACCAUUACACACAAGAAAGACCCUGGCUUCGACUACGAGACAACCAAAACCUACACGUGCUACAUCUUUGUAAUGGACAGUCAUAAUCUGGCGGUGAUGGAUAAGGUUAUCAUAAAUAUAGAAGAUGUGAAUGAGGCCCCGACAAUGAAGCUUCCGCCAACAAAUGAGAUCAAAGUUCCGGAGCUUCAUUGUUAUGGCUGCCAUCUGUAUGAUUACAAGUGCACAGACCCAGAUGGAGGCCAAAAAACUACAUCUACGUUCAAAGUUUACGACACACCAUUCGACCUGCAGGCCAAGUCCAAGUUUCAACUUGACUCAUUGGAUCGGCUUCUCCUCAACUUUGACAACAACAUCAUACGCGAGAACUUAAACAAAUACUUGACGCAAUUCAAAUGCUGUGAUGAUGGUUCCCCUCAGAAGUGCGUUUCCCAGAAUAUAACAUUGGUGGUGGAGGCCUUUAACCGAGCACCGACAUUUAAACCAAAUACCACUGGAAUUACCAUAUAUGAGAUUAAGACAAAAUCAACCGUAUCGUCUAAAUUGAACUUAGCUGGGAAGUUCAAAGACCCAGAAGGUGACGGACCUACUUGUGGCAUUGUCAACUCAAGAUAUAGUAAUUACUUCUCUAUGGCCGGAAACACGUUACGAUUAGAGGGACCGAUCAGCUACGACGAUUACAACCCACCUCAUCAUUUCUAUAUCUCCAUUAGUUGCUCAGAUAAUGGUGCCUUGACCCGCACAGACGCCCCGAACGUACCAGCACUGAGUACAGAAAUGUUGGUUGAGGUCAAUGUUCUUGGACUUGAUGACAAUACCCCAGUCUUUGCUCCAACAUCCUACAUCGCCACUCUGUUCGAGGAUGCAUUUAGCACGCAGUCAGUGGUUACAGUCACGGCGACGGAUAGGGAUCUCGGCGUACAUGGUCAGAUGAUUUACCAAUUAGAUCCAAACGACCCCAACAAGGUCCUAGCAAAUGAGCUGUUUUCGAUUGUGCAACUUGACAACAACGAGGCAGAAAUCAGGUGUAGAGGUGGCCUUGAUGUCGAAAAAUAUUCAUCGGUCAUAUUUGAGGUGAAUGCUGUCUCACCAGGCCCUAAAUCGACCACGGACACGAGCAAGCAAACGGGAACAGCAACAGUGACAGUGUACAUUAGGAACGUGAACGACUUGCGACCUCAGUGGGUGACCCCUGACUAUAUCAACCUGGAAAUAUCAACCACCGCAAAGGUGGACAAACUUAUGACAACAGUCAGCUGCACCGAUGCCGAUAUCCUCUACAACAACGUCAACUACGACCAGAUCAGCAUAUUGUUUGGGGGUAGCGACUACUUUAAGACGGACGUCUACAGCGGGCAGGUCCGAUCAAACUAUACACCUUAUGAAGAGGACGAUCGAUACUUUGUGAGGGUGGUUUGCAAGGACACCGACCCGAAGGAGGAUUUCUCAGGCAUUGCCAUAGUCCGUAUAGACACGUACGUAAACUGGAAGCACGUGAGUAACUGGACCCUAUGCAAGCCCAUGGCGGACUACAAUGCCUCAGACCAGGAAGCUUUUCUUGCAUCGGUGGCCACUUUAUGUCCGCCGUGUAUCCCGAAGAUACACGAUGUCUCAGAAAAGGAUGGGAAGGCUGUAUUCCAGCUGUACUUUAUCAAAGAUAACACGACCUAUGCCAAGAAUGCGCGGGAAUAUAACAAAGUGUUCCUCGAGACAGAUGACAUCUUGAAGAGAUACUACGACGAAACGUCGCACGGGCCGAAGCAAUCUGUCAAAGACGACCCAGUGUUCGGGGGCUGCCUCCUAAACAUCACCAGGUUCGCCUACGAGCCAAAGGACAACUGGUUUCUGGACACCAUUGGAGGGAACUUCAUGCUUGGCUUUUUGAUGUCAUUAGGGUUCGCCCUACUGGUUACUGCUGUGAUUUGCUGUGCCAGGAAGGCAGCACCCGGGAGAGUGAGAGUACCUGUAACACCUAAAGGAAGCCGCCCAGUCGCUCCAAAGAAGGUACCGGACAAACCGGUACAACCGAAACCAACCACUCCAGCCCCGAAGAAGCAAAAGCGACCACCAACACCAGAGAGCGAGUCAGACGACAAUCUGAGGGGAAGAGCGGUGUUGGUGCCCCCUGUUGAUCCCUUUGAUCCAGCCAAGAUACAGAAAGCCAGAGAACAACUCGUGUCUUCAAUCAUAAAGAGGGACCUCGAUGACCUUGAGAAAUCCAUCAACACUGUUCAUAACAAAGGAUUUGCGCACCAUCUCGCACCAGAGCUGAUCGAAGCAGAUAAGGUUGUUGUACAGCUGAAGAGGUUGAGACAGAUCAGGGGAAGAAUAUUGGACUUGAAGCAAUCAACAGUUGCUGAAAUUAGAAGCUACCAGAAGCCACCAGUGCCUGUUCAUACCGUCAUGACCGCGACCUUCUUGUUACUUGGACACAAGGAGGCAGAGACGAAAGUCUGGAAGACUGUCCAGGCUCUUGUUGGCAAGACUGGUAAAGAGAGCUUAAAGAGGCGUUGUAUAGAACUGGAUGCUGCCAAAAUGGACCCCAAUGCUGCGAAAAGGGCGAAGUCUCUGUAUGGCCAGUUGGACCUGGAAGAGGUCAAACUUAUAUCUGCUGGAGCUGCAACUUUCCAUCUCUGGGGAGAAACUAUGAUUGAAGAACAAGAAGCCAUUGCAAAGUCUAAGAAGUAACGAUUUGUGGAAAUAAAAAGAAUCGGACACGGAGCCUUCCCGUGAACCGACGCCCAAACCGAUACGAAAGAAAUUUGACAAGUUCGUUUAAAUCCCGGUUAAGAAUCCCGUCUCUGUUCGACACCAAGAUUGGAACAUGCCAACGAUAUCCAACUUAAAAGAUCGAGAAAUGGUUCUUGGAAUAGCUGAACAUCGGCUGGAAUCCGAUUGUGAACGAGACAUUGCACUGACGAAGUCAAUGCAUAAUAUGCAUUGGUCAAUGUAAAGGACAGCGUCUCAGAUUAUCAUGUGGUUUAAGUCUCGGCCUAAAGAGGGACUGGAUUCUAAAUGAAAACCACACAUAACCUAAAUAACCCAAGACCCUCUUCUGUACAUAUAUGUUUUUGGGGAAAAGGGUUCAGAAAAUAUUGCUAUUCGUGUAUAUCAAAAGCUACUUUUAUAAGUUAUUUCAAUCCAUGCUACCAUACAUGAUAAUAGUAUUUCUGCACUGUAGUAAGUUAGACAUAGUUAUUUAUUUGUGAAAUUAUUGUUUUUUGGUCGGGGGGGGGGGGGGGGGGAAAAAAACAUCAUUUCCAAUUUCGCAGUAGAUGUAUUUAUGAUGUGUUUACCGAAUCUUGCUGGUUGAAUGAGACAUUUGCCCCCUUUCACUGACUCGUAGUCGUGAAAAGUGGCAAUUGCCUCCAUUAAAACCGUGGCCAGGAAAAGGGGUAUUUGGCUCCAUUCACGGUGUUUGCUCCAUGCUGAAUCGUGGUCGGGAAAAGAGGCAUUUGCCCCCUUUUACUGAAUUAUGGCCGGGGAAAGAGGCAUCUGCUCAUUCCCCUCUUGCUAUGGUAGCCGCAUCUGAUGAUGUAUGCGUUGGAUGUGGGGAACUCCUCGUCUGAAGGAUCUAAGAUAAUAAUACUUUAUUCAUGUCUUUGAUGUUUGCACGGUGCCUUUAUUCUGCAGCACCAGCUCAAAUUGUGUUCAAUUCGAUUACAUGUAUAUAGUCUAGAUCUACAGAAAUAUACUUGCAGCAAUACCAGGGUCUUGCUUCUUUCUGCUUUAUUUUAUGCAUGGGAAGACAUUUUCCGAUGAAAUAACGAAGAAAGAAUCAAGACCCUGGUAUCAUUUUUUUACUCCAACCUGGGUUGAAACUGGCUCAAGCUUUGUUCAGGUAACCCUAUUAAUCCUCGUAAGACUCGCACAUUUCCCCAGUAGAAAUUAAUGACACUUGGAUACCACAGUAUGUAUGAGAAAGCGAAUAUGCCUCUCUACACGAACAAAAUGUUUAUCAAUGUUGCAAUUGAUGGAUUGGCCGAGAUGCUUGAAAAUGCUCGAAUUUACAACGAACGUGUGUCUAUACCCGAUGGAGUGGCAAUAUCAUUGGCAAAGUACUUAAUGUGUACUAAGUAUCUCCAGCAACACAUUCCAAAUCCUAUUGUUUUCCUAGGAGUUGUGUUAAAAAAACUUCGUAUGAUGUCCGAAAACAUCUGUUUAAGCGGGAUGGUGAUUUAAUUUGCUCUUCAAAUUCUUAAAUUUCUGUUACCUUUUUACUCUCUGCUCCCUAUACAUGUAUAGACCAGCAGUCUGCGACCCUCUUGUGGUUAUCAUGGUCAUUUAACAACCAUUCCAAUUGAUUACAUUCUACAAAUAUCUGCAAUUGUAAGAUUUGCAUUUUGGGAGGGGAUUUGAUGACUUUCUUAACUUUUAAAAACCUUGGUUUUUUUACAUGAUAUCUGUGUCUGUUAUUUGUUGAUGUAUAUUUGUAUAUUUGGAAAUUAUGUAAUAAAUUGUAUGACAUUGUA